GAGGAAGUCGCCCCGCCUCGCCCCCGAUGAGGGGCGGAUCAUGCCAUGGCAGCGCCCGCGAGCGACAGCGGCGGCAGCGCCCCGAGACCGAGCGGCAGCCCCGGGGGCACCGAGGCGGGAUCCCGAGACGACCACGGGGACACUGGAGUCCGGGACGCCGCGGCGACGGCCCCCAGCCUCCCUCCGCUGGAGGAUUACGAAUGCAAAAUCUGCUACAACUACUUCGACGCGGACCGGCGCGCCCCCAAGCUGCUGGCCUGCCUGCACACCUUCUGCCAGGAGUGCCUGAGCCAGCUGCAGCUCCGCGCCGCCGCCGCCGCCGCCGCCGCCAGCGCCGCUCCUGAGCGCGCGCCGCGCCCGCCACCUUGGCACGGCCCGCCCGGCGCCAUCGCGUGCCCGGUGUGCCGCCACCGCACGCCCCUGCCCGACAGCCGCGUGCACGGGCUGCCCAACAACACCAAGCUCGCCGAGGCCUUCCCGCUGGCCCUGAGGGCUGCCCAAGACCCGCUGCCCCAGGACCGGCUCCCGCCGCUGCCCGAACGCCGCGCGCCGCCCUCCGCCGCCCUCGCCCCGCCGCCGGCCCCGGCCCCGCAGCCGCCGCCGCCACCCCCGGGCGAGGACGCGGUGCCCAGCUCUCGUGCCCGGCCCGGCCUGCGCGCUCCGGGCGCCUACGAGAGCUGCCAGAACUGCAAGCGCGCCGCGCUCACCGCGGGCUGCGUGUGCGUCGUCUUCUCCUUCCUGUCCAUGGUCGUGCUGCUCUUCACCGGCCUCAUCUUCGUCAACCACUACGGCGGAGGGGGCGGCGGGGGACCCCCAGGAGGCGGAGCGUCCCCUGGCCCGGCCCCAGCCACCGGGUCGCCCUCACCUUCGCCGGUGGGACCCAUCUGCCUGUCGGUGGCCAGCAUCCUGGCGCUCUUCUCGGUCGUGGUCACCUGGGUCAUUUGCUGGCUUAAGUAUCGGCCCGAGGGGACAGCGGCGGGCUCGGCGGCCAGCGGAGGCGGAGGCCCGAGGGCGCGGGCGGCGGCGGCGGUGGCCGGCAGCGCGCGGAGGAGCGACACGUAG